UUACUAGAUAAUGAACAAGACCAACCAACAAAGGGGUUGUCAAUCGUCAAACCAGUUUUUAGAAAAAAGCGUGGUUUCAAUGUACCCAACCAUCAAGUACAGGUGACAUUACAGGUGGGGUUCCAGAUGAUGUAACCAUGGGCCCCAGAGCUACAAGAAGCAGGAACAACAAUUUAUCAAUGACGGACAACAUCAUCUCACGCCCAUGACGUAUCCUCAAUAACCGAACAUCAUUAUCAUACCUUCCGUAUUGCCUUGCUGCAGAUUAGAACAAACUCUACGAAAUAUUCAAAUAUUGAUCUGAUGAGGAAGUGAUGGCCUGAUCUCAUCAGUUGCCUCUACAUACACGUGUAACUUCCCCCCAGAUGGUGUCCAGGUGCUGCUCGCCUUGGUGGAUAUAAAACCAUCGGGAUGUCCAGCUUGCCACAGUUUCAGUACGACAAAGGAAAGUGGGAAUCCAGGGCACCUGUUCAAGUAUCUGACGGGUUCUUCUUGACGUUGAUCACCACGACCACGAUGAUGUCUUCAUCCUUGCUGAUGCUGGCUCUUGGAAUGAUGGUCUGCAGCAUCGACGCUGUUAGCACAUCCAAGUGCCCUAGUCUGUCCGGCUGUGGUAAUUGCGUUUGGGGCUACAAGAGCAUCAACGGUUGUCCGACAUGUCAGUGCUUGGACCCUCCCUGUGCACCGUUGACGACCAACUGCAAACCAUCAGAGACCCUCCGGUGCAAGGUAGAGCGGGGAUGUGCUGUGUGCAGCUGUGUGGCUAAACCUUGUGUCAAGAUAAACUGCAUCAACCCCUGUCCAAAUGGUCGCAAAUUUGUAAAUGGUUGUGAAACGUGCACAUGUAAACCAAAGGUCUGUCCCAAACUUACUUGUGGGACCCCCUGUCCAAAUGGCCGCCAAAUUAUAGCAGGAUGUGAAACGUGCACCUGUAAACCAAAGGUCUGUCCCAAACUUACUUGUGGGACCCCCUGUCCAAAUGGCCGCCAAAUUAUAGCAGGAUGUGAAACGUGCACCUGUAAACCAAAGGUCUGUCCCAAACUUACUUGUGGGACCCCCUGUCCAAAUGGCCGCCAAAUUAUAGCAGGAUGUGAAACGUGCACCUGUAAACCAAAGGUCUGUCCCAAACUUACUUGUGGGACCCCCUGUCCAAAUGGCCGCCAAAUUAUAGCAGGAUGUGAAACGUGCACCUGUAAACCAAAGGUUUGUCCCAAACUUACUUGUGGGACCCCCUGUCCAAAUGGCCGCCAAAUUAUAGCAGGAUGUGAAACGUGCACCUGUAAACCAAAGGUUUGUCCCAAACUUACUUGUGGGACCCCCUGUCCAAAUGGCCGCCAAAUUAUAGCAGGAUGUGAAACGUGCACCUGUAAACCAAAGGUCUGUCCCAAACUUACUUGUGGGACCCCCUGUCCAAAUGGCCGCCAAAUUAUAGCAGGAUGUGAAACGUGCACCUGUAAACCAAAGGUUUGUCCCAAACUUACUUGUGGGACCCCCUGUCCAAAUGGCCGCCAAAUUAUAGCAGGAUGUGAAACGUGCACCUGUAAACCAAAGGUUUGUCCCAAACUUACUUGUGGGACCCCCUGUCCAAAUGGCCGCCAAAUUAUAGCAGGAUGUGAAACUUGCACCUGUAAACCAAAGGUCUGUCCCAAACUAACUUGUGGAAACCCCUGUCCAAAUGGCCGCCAAAUUAUAGCAGGAUGUGAAACGUGCACCUGUAAACCAAAGGUUUGUCCCAAACUUACUUGUGGGACCCCCUGUCCAAAUGGCCGCCAAAUUAUAGCAGGAUGUGAAACUUGCACCUGUAAACCAAAGGUCUGUCCCAAACUAACUUGUGGAAACCCCUGUCCAAAUGGCCGCCAAAUUAUAGCAGGAUGUGAAACGUGCACCUGUAAACCUAAGGUUUGUCCCAAACUUACUUGUGGAAACCCCUGCCCAAAUGGCCGCCAAAUAGUUAGCGGCUGUGAAACUUGCACCUGUAAACCAAAGGUCUGUCCCAAACUUACUUGUGGAAACCCCUGCCCAAAUGGCCGCCAAAUAGUUAGCGGCUGUGAAACUUGCACUUGUAAACCAAAGGUUUGUCCCAAACUUACUUGUGGGACCCCCUGUCCAAAUGGCCGCCAAAUUAUAGCAGGAUGUGAAACUUGCACCUGUAAACCAAAGGUAUGUCCAAAGGUCCUAUGUGCCAAAAUGUGCCCAACUGGUUUCCUAACUAUUGACGGGUGCCAGACGUGCAAAUGUAAGCCAAAGAUUUGCCCAAAGCGUCUUUGCCCUGUCCCCUGUGCUACAGGUCGACUGACGGUAAACGGAUGCGAGACAUGCGCAUGUAAACCUGAACCAUGUCCUGUAAUUAAAUGCUCUACUAUUUGCCAUUAUGGUAGAAAAUUGUCAUCGAAAGGAUGUCCCACGUGCGAGUGUAACAAACUCAUGUGUCCAUCCACAAAAUGCUUCAACGAAUGUCCCAACGGCAGGGAGGUCGUUAAGGGAUGUCUCACUUGUAAAUGUAGACCUAAAAUAUGCCCAUCGCUGACAUGUAAAAGGCAUUGUCGCUAUGGUAGAAAGAUUGUGAACGGAUGUCAAACAUGUAUUUGUAAGUCUAAGGCUUGUCCAAAACUGAAUUGCCCACUAUCUUGUGUUAAUGGAUCUAAGAUAGUUAAUGGUUGCAGGACUUGUGACUGCAAACCAAAGGCUUGUCAACCUGUUCGGUGUCGCAACUACUGUCGAUACGGCCGCCAAGUCGUAAAUGGCUGCCCGACGUGUCGUUGUUUACGACGCCGUCGCUGCCUGUUCCGUUGGUUCUGUCGAAGAGGGUAAAGCAGAAACGUGUGUCCGUGAAACGGGGAAACCUCUACAAUCAGGACCUCCUUAAUCUGUAAACUUUACUAUCAAGACGAUUCUUGCUAAACUGUCGUUUGAAAGAAAGUAUACACCCUUGUUUGAUGCUUGCUAAAAAUGAAACGAAGAAGAAAUGGUAUUUCGUUGGUGAUGUUAUUUGAUACGAGUAUCAUAGUUAUGUGUUGGAUCUUAAGUGUUUUGGUGAGUGUUUUAAGUCUAGUGUCGUUUGUAACAUUUUGGUCAAAUCCAAAUUUCAAGUGUAUGCUUUCUUUUGUCAAGCAGUUUAGUUACAAAAUGAUGACUCUAUUUUACCAGAGACCAUUAUUUACCGUCUCUGAUGUUACAGGGGCGGUCGGGUAGCCUAGUGGUUAAAGCUUUCGCUCGUCACGCCGAAGACCCGGGUUCGAUUCCCGACAUGGGUACAAUGUGUGAAGCCCAUUUCUGGGGUCCCCCGCCGUGAUAUUGCUGGAAAAUUGCUAAAAGCGGCGUAAAACCAUAUUCACUCACACUCUGAUGUUACCACAUAUUUUCGGCAAUGUGAUUCAGAUAUACAGAUAGAACAGCGUCCGGAUUGACGAGGGUCCCGUAUCAGUGGACAUUUGUUUUAGUCUGCGUUUCAAGUUACUUUUGUAAUUUGAAACAUAGAAUAUAUUCUCAGUUGUAAUAAUGUCAAUGAAAUUUGUUCAAUAAAGAUUCUAAU